AUGGUCCACUCAUAUACCCGGGCUAUUGUCUGGCUAGGCCUCGCCUCUCUAGCCCUGUCUGUGCCCGUGGAACCAAACUCAGAAAAAACGAGUGAUUCCUCAGACCGCUAUGCGCCUAGUUGUACCCAGUUCUAUAAGGUGCAACAAGGAGAUACAUGCUGGGACAUUGUCUCCCAGAACCAAAAUACCUUCACCAUGGGCCAGCUGCUGUGCUGGAACCCUGAUAUCAACCCCUGGUGCUCGAAUCUCAUUCCCGGUCGCAAUGUGUGUAUCGGUGUGGUCAACCCUGCGAGCUGUGCUAAGUAG